AUGGACUGGCGUCGCUUCCGUUCCACCGGCGGAGGUGCUUCCUCUUCGACCGGGAACGGGAUUGGGACAAAGGAGCCCGUCUCUCCUGCUGCGGAUGCUGCAGCGCUCCCCGGGGAUAAGGGCAAGGAGCGUGCGCUCGACGAAGCCCUCUGGGGUCUUGAGAACUUCGGGAAUACGUGCUACUGCAACUCGGUCCUGCAAGCCCUGUACGCGUCUGACCCCUUUCGCUCCUUCAUCGAGGCGUACCCCGACGUCGGCAAGCCUUACAAUGCCCUCGCCGGAGAGAUCGCCACUGGGCCGCUGCCGAGCCCGUCCCUCGAGGUGAAGGAGAACCCGAUGGAGAAGGCUACUCCCGUCUCCCCACCGACAAAGGAGAAGCGCGGCGGCCUCCUUGGCUUUGGUAAGAAGGCCCUCUCGACAUCUACCCAGCCGUCGACACCGCCUGCAACGACGCAGCAGCAGCAGCCGAACCAGCAGGCUCCCCCGCCGAUCAUCCUCCCACACGACCCCGACUUUCCGGAGAUGUCCCUCCUCUCCACAAUCCAGACACUGUUCCACCAUCUCUCCACAUCCGCCCCUCACUACCCUGCCGAACCCAAAACACCUCCGCAAGCUGCGCCAGCCCCGGCGGCGGUGCAGCCCACCCCAGGUGGCAACGCGGCCUCCAUGCCGUCCGGAACCCUCACCAACAAUGGUCAGCCCACAGGCCCCGCCCUACUGGCAUCUCUGCCCCCGCCCUCAGUGCCGCGGGGAGGCGGUCCGUACCGGGCCGGAACUUUGGGAAGAGGUGUUGUGCGUCCAGAAGAUGUCUUGCGCACAGUUCGUCGCACGCAUCAGCUGUUCGCAGGCCAGGGCCAGCAAGAUGCGCACGAGUUCCUCGGCUUCAUCCUGAACCAGCUAUCGGAAGAGGUCGAGCAGAUGGACGCCAAAUUGAAGCGCGAAGGAAAGGAUGUCGUCGACAUUAAGGAACACGGUCGUACCUUCAUCCAGAACCUGUUCCAUGGCGUACUUGUGAACGAGACCCGCUGCCUCAACUGCGAGACGACCUCGAGCAGGGAAGAGUCCUUCCUGGACCUGUCGAUCGACAUUGAGCAGCACAGUUCGCUGACCUCGUGUCUCAGGCAGUUCUCCGACUCUGAGAUGCUGUGCUCGACGAACAAGUUUUACUGCGAGACCUGCUGUGGUUUGGUCGAGGCUGAGCGUAGAAUGCGCAUCAAGGAGCUUCCCAACAUCCUCGGUUUGCACCUGAAGCGAUUCCGCCAGGACGACAUGGGCAGGCUGCACAAGCUGUUCUAUCGUGUGACCUUCCCUCUGCAGCUGCGCGUGCCUUGCACCACGGAAGAAACCGAGGACGCCGAGCGCCUCUACGAGCUCUUUGCUGUCGUUGUCCACAUUGGAAACACCCCCACCCACGGUCACUAUGUGACAAUCGUGCGCUCCCAGCCGGGACAGUGGGUCAUGUGCGACGAUGAGAACAUUGAGCCGAUCGAGGAGAGCGACCUCGCCAACUAUUUCGGUGACAACAUCACGGGCGCAGGUUAUGUCCUGUUCUACCAGGCGGCCAACCUCGACCUGAAGAGUCUCGGUCUGAAGAAGGACCCGAUUCCGCGCUCGCUUCCGCCGGCGCCCCGUGCCGCAGCCCUCGUCGAGGACGAUGUUGUGGGCGGCACUCCUGCUCCCACGACGCCCUUGGACCACCACACGACGCCGCCCCAGUUCAUGGCCACGCCCGCUUCGCCGACGAAGAGCCAGUCUGUUCCUCUGCCUGUCCAGGCCCACAAGGACAGCUCACUCGACGUUCCAGUGCAGUCGCGACGUGGCUCCUCUGGCGUCGGCCGCGACCCCAGCCCGUCUAACAACCGCUGGUCGCACCAUGGUGGCCCCAUCUCACACAGUCCCGGAGAGCGCGGCAAGUGGUUCGGUCUCAAGAAGAAGGAUGGUGCUUCGGGUGCCUCGACCCCAGCCGACCCGCGACUGCUCCGCCAGUCGACAUCUACGACGGUGAACACAACCUCGACCGAGAGCGUUGACCCCCUGAUGACGCAGAGCAUGCCUGCGAUGCCGGAUAACCGCAUGUCGCAGUCCUUCCACGACAGCGCGCCGAACGACCUGUCGGCGUCGAUCCGCUCAGCGACCUCGGCAUCAUCUGGCGGGCAUGCGGCCAGCCUGCCGAACGGCAGCAUCGCUCACGCCCCGCUCAAUGGUCACGCAUACCCCGCGAGCGCCGCUCACAGCGACGUCAACGGCAAUGCGGCACCUACGUCACUCCCGGCGUCGUCGGCUCCGAGCCAAGCACCGAGCCACAGCGCGAGCGCGAGCGUCGGCAACGGCAACAUGAACGGCACUAGCGAGCGCAUGAACCGCAUCGGGCGGAGUGCGACGGCGUCUCGCGCCGACCGCGCGAGCAACGUCAGUUCGCAAAACGGCUACUCGGGCGGUAGUGGACUGGGACGGAAAAUCAGCGCGACGACGGGCUUCAGCAGCCUCGCGCGGCGCAGUAGUAACGCGUUCAAGAUCGGUUUUGGCAAGAAGAAGCAGGGAGACGAGCAGUAA